AUGUUUUGCUUCCAUGGGCUCAACAGCAUUUUGGUGACGGAUUUUGGAAUUUUCAACAAGACUCCGCUCCUUCUCAUCGAGGCAAGGCCUUGUGCAAAACCCCACAAAAAUUUGGAGGCUCUUAAGCGAUCGUUGACCAGGGAAUGGGAUCGAAUCACUCCGGCCGAGCUGCGGCCCAUUGCCGAAAACUUCAUCAAGCGUUUGAGGCUCUGCAUCGGAGCCAAAGGUGGACACUUUGAAGAAAAG